UGGGUGCAGGCUCUCUGGAUUACCACUCGGAUUACGGGGUACGAAGGUGCAUCAUGCCAUUAGAGGGCUUUUACGGACAUUAAGAGUGAGCUCACCCCGCCAUUACAAGCAUAUACGUGGUGGUAAAUCAUCCAAAAUCUCACAAACCAAUAGAUGGCAGACAGUCAUUAAGGGUGAACGACGACAGUAACCUGUAUCCGGGAUUGACAGGACAACACAGCAAACAUCUAUUCCCGGUAGUACACUCGCAUGGUGAUGCCCAGCUCCCACUCCGUAAUCAAUUAAAGCGAAGCGGAUGGAAAUGUGUCUAUGAUGAGACUUUCGAAGGUGUCGCCUAAAAAAUGUUUUUUUCUUGUUUUAUGUUUCGCCGUACUGAUAUUAUUAGUGUUCAACUUAAGGGAUAAAGAUUGGAGUACCAAAUCGCCACAUGUGCUAUAUGCGAGAGAUGAAUACCAGCUGGAUGAAGCGAAUCUGCGGCACGAGCCAUCCGUUACGACCCUAGAAGCGGUGGAUACUGUUGCCGAUCAUGGCGAGAAGGAGAACGAUAUCGUCGACUACGGAAAGUCCCGAUCGGACGAGCGGCCUAAAGAAACGCUAACCGCAAGCGAUCUACCGUGGUACUUCUCACAGGGUAUGCGAUAUCCUAAGCCGGCCCGACGAAAUCGCAAGACCAACAAACGGGUGGCGCGCCUGCUGCCCAGUGAAACGUCGCGCGGCGAUCGUAUCAGCAACCAGCUAAUGUUCGUACCGCCAAAUUAUGAGACAAUCAAACGCAAGGGCAAGUUGAAAACGAUCCUGCUGUACAAUGGGCUUAGUCCGUGGAAUGUGAAGGCAGGACGGGAUGUGUUUCUUAGCUCAAAGUGCCCCAUUUCCACCUGCACUAUUACGGCGCAGCGGGAAAAGGCCUCCACAGCCGAUCUGGUGCUGUACAAGGAUCACUACAUUCCGCCCUCGGUUCCGCGAUCGUCCUACCAAAUCUACAUGAUGUACUUCCUGGAAUGUCCAUACCACACGCAGCACGUCAAAUAUCCGGACGUCUUCAACUGGACAGCUACGUACAGGAAGGACAGUGAUAUUGUCGCACCGUACGAGAAGUGGGAAUACUUCGAUCCACGCAUCAGACAAGUUGAGCAGGAUCGUAACUACGCACUCAACAAGACGCGCAAAGUUGCCUGGUUUGUUUCAAACUGUGGUGCGCGUAACGGACGCCUUCAGUAUGCACACGAGCUACAGAAAUAUAUCCAGGUCGAUAUUUAUGGUGCCUGUGGCACGUUCAAGUGCUCCCGCAGCACAGCAGAGCGUUGCUUCGAGAUCCUCGACCGUGACUACAAGUUCUAUCUCGCCUUCGAAAAUUCCAACUGCAAGGACUACAUCACGGAGAAGUUCUUCGUCAAUGCCUUAACGCGCAACGUGCUGCCCAUCGUGAUGGGUGCCCGGCCGGAAGACUAUGAGGCUAGUUCGCCCCAAAAGUCCUACAUCCAUGUGGAUGAGUUUGGCUCCCCGAAAGAGCUCGCCGAAUAUCUGCAUCUGCUCGAUCGUAACGACGAGCUGUACAAUUCCUACUUCAAGUGGAAGGGUACCGGCGAGUUUAUCAACACGUACUACUGGUGUCGGGUCUGUGCAAUGCUCCACGAUGAAGCUUCCUUCCGGCGGCCCAAAUCGUACGACGAUAUUAACGAAUGGUGGCGUGGACCGGGCGUUUGUACGAACGGUUCGUGGCGAAACUAUCGGGCACGCAACCCCGAAAAACCGAUCGCCGAUAGCCGAUGAGCAGUGAGCAACCGACCGCAAAUCCAGUUCCCGCGACUCUUUUUCCCUUUUGCGAAA